GUCGCGGGGGCUGAGACUCUUGAUCUGCGCGCAACCUGUUUGAUAAGAUGGCGCAGUGGGCUUGUGUCUCCGCUGCUAACUUGAGCUGCCAAGCUACCAUCGUAAACACUCAGAAGCAACGAAACAGUCCCCGAUGCGAUGCCUUUUCUUUCAAAGGCAGUGAAUUUAUGGCUCAGAGCUGGAGAUUUUCAAGCCCACAAGCUGUUUAUAGAAGGCCCAGGAAUGGUGUUUGCCCUUUGAAGGUCGUUUGCGUUGAUUAUCCAAGACCAGACCUUGACAGUACUGCUAAUUUCUUAGAAGCUGCGUACUUCUCUUCCACUUUCCGAGCCUCUCCUCGUCCAACCAAGCCGUUAAAAGUUGUGAUUGCUGGUGCAGGUUUGGCUGGUCUGGCAACUGCAAAAUAUUUGGCGGAUGCGGGUCAUCAACCUAUACUACUAGAAGCCAGAGAUGUUUUAGGCGGAAAGGUGGCAGCAUGGAAAGAUAGUGAUGGGGACUGGUACGAAACAGGCCUCCAUAUAUUCUUUGGAGCAUAUCCAAAUAUUCAGAACCUGUUUGGAGAGCUUGGUAUUAAUGAUCGAUUGCAGUGGAAGGAACAUUCUAUGAUAUUUGCAAUGCCAAACAAGCCAGGGGAGUUCAGUCGGUUUGAUUUCCUAGAAGUUCUGCCAGCACCCAUAAAUGGAAUAUGGGCCAUAUUGAAGAACAAUGAGAUGCUGACUUGGCCAGAGAAAAUCAAGUUUGCAAUUGGACUACUGCCAGCAAUCCUUGGUGGGCAGGCUUAUGUUGAAGCCCAAGAUGGCUUGAGCGUAAAAGACUGGAUGAGGAAACAGGGCAUACCUGAUCGAGUAACUACUGAGGUGUUUAUAGCUAUGUCAAAGGCCCUUAACUUUAUUAACCCUGAUGAACUUUCAAUGCAAUGCAUAUUGAUUGCUUUGAACCGAUUUCUUCAGGAGAAACACGGUUCCAAGAUGGCUUUCUUGGAUGGUAGUCCCCCUGAGAGACUCUGUGCUCCAAUUGUUGAUCAUAUCCAGUCAUUGGGCGGUGAAGUCCGAACUAAUUCCCGAAUACAGAAAAUUGAUCUAAAUAAUGAUGGAACUGUAAAGAGUUUUGUACUAAAUAAUGGGAGUGUGAUUGAAGCAGAUGCGUAUGUGUUUGCCACUCCAGUUGAUAUCUUAAAGCUUCUAUUGCCUGAAAACUGGAAAGAGAUGCCAUAUUUCAAGAAAUUGGAGAAACUAGUUGGAGUUCCAGUUAUCAAUGUUCACAUAUGGUUUGAUAGAAAGCUGAAGAACACAUAUGAUCACCUACUUUUUAGCAGAAGUCCUCUUUUAAGUGUGUAUGCUGACAUGUCCGUAACAUGUAAGGAAUAUUACAAUCCAAACCAAUCUAUGCUGGAGUUGGUUUUUGCACCGGCAGAAGAAUGGAUUUCAUGUAGUGAUUCAGAAAUUAUUGAUGCUACCCUCAACGAACUUGCAAAACUCUUUCCUGACGAAAUAGCUGCAGAUCAAAGCAAAGCAAAGAUUUUGAAGUACCAUGUUGUGAAAACACCAAGGUCUGUUUACAAGACUGUACCAGGUUGUGAACCUUGCCGUCCCUUGCAGAGAUCUCCCCUAGAGGGUUUCUAUUUAGCUGGUGAUUACACAAAACAAAAGUAUUUAGCCUCAAUGGAAGGAGCGGUUCUAUCAGGGAAACUUUGUGCUCAGGCGAUUGUACAGGAUUAUGAAUUGCUUGCUGCCCGGGGAAAAAAAACAAGGUUGCCUGAGGCAGCUGCUCGAUGACGAGAAUCUGAAUGCCCCCUUAAGCAAUUAUACGAAGAUAAACCUGUUCAGCCCCCUUGGUACUGCAUCGCUUUACAAAUGACGUUAUCUUUUGUUUACCGUGUGAUAUUAUCGUGUAAAUGUACAAAAUAUGAUCCCUAUGAUUCAGCAAGGAGAUCUGUUAACAAAGAAAUCAAUUCCAGAAAGAAAUUAAGUGGAGACGAUGUUUAAUUGUUGUCGAAA